CUGAUCAGAAUCAUCGGGAAAUGCAGACCGACGACGGUGAGAAGUACGUCGAUUACAUCGACCUGUCUGGGCUGUACUGGAAGCGGCCGGAAGGUCCAGAGCGUGUUUGGCGCGUCGUUGACGGUCGGAAAAAGAUGCCGAGUGGAGAAGUACCGAGAUUCAUAAUUCAAGAGGUCCCCGAAUCAAUGGAGGAAGAAUUAGUCGACUUUAUGACAAAAUACUUCGCCUCCGAAGAAACGCUAUGCGUAAGCCAGAAUUUGCUGAGCGACCCGAUAGCCAUCAGAGAAUUUCGUACAGUAUGGAAGGAGUCGCUUCGUCAGGGGGUCAGCGUCGUUGCUAUCAGGGAGAAUUUCGAAUCCGAUGAGAAGCCUGAAAUUGUUGGAGCCAACGUCCUCGCCGUUGUGACGAAGGAGGACAAGGAUAAACCGAGAAGCAAGAUGGAGGUACGAUCAAAACAGAUGAACAGCAUAGCACGAGUGGCAUCUCGGUUUAGGGCUGACGUUGAUGUGACCAAAAUAUACGGGGUUGAUAUAUAUCUUACUGCACGCGGCCUCAGCGUCCAUCCCAGUUACAGAGGGCAGGGCAUUGCAGACGCCCUUCUUCAGGCACGCACCGACAUUGGUCAGGCCUAUCAGAUACCCGCGACAGAGUCAAUUUUUGCCGCUACUGCAGCCCAGAUUGUGGCCAGCCGCAACGGGUUUGAGGUUCUGGUUGAAAAAAAGUAUACUGAAAUCCUCGACGACGAAGGGAAUGUCGCCUUUCCUGGAGUUGCGCCGAAAUUCAUUAAAUUUAUGGGAAAGAAAUUAUUGAAGUGAAUGCUGCAAUAUUCUGGCUUUGUGUGAAAAAGGAUGCUUCGAUUGUUUA